UGCGAUUCAAGGAACAUGCUCGCGCCAAUGGAUGUUGUUGUCGCUGCCUAAUUACUGUCACAUUUUACCCCGUUUAACGGCAAUUUUAGCUCCUAACCACUCCGCGUAAAACUCAUCCAAAAUCUCAGCCCAUCUCUGGACUAAACCGGUCCCGUAUGCAGAAACUCCAGGUAUUUGUUAGCAAGUUAGCAUUAGCGGGCUGCUAGCACCACCCUCGUCGGGGACAUUGUCAAAAACCUCUCGCUGGCAGCAGCAUUCGGCUAUUGUCAGGGUGUAGACAAUCAGAGGCCACAUCCAAGUGCCUCCACUGGACGCUUUCCAUUCCCAGAGUGUGACUCGUCUGCACGACGUCACCAAUGCGACCAUGGGAAGUAGCAGUGAAUAGGCUGCCACCAACAGCCCCCUUAAACCCUCGGAGGUUCCUCGCAGAGCCCUGCAACACCCCUGCGCAUCUCAGGAGAAGCCCACCAGUGAGACGCCAGUGGGGCCGUCGAGACAGACCUGUACUGCACACUUCCCUGGUUCAAGAUGAGAACUUGCACCAUUUGUUUUUCUCUCAGCAUCACCACCAACAGGUUUCUUUAGAUGAGUCCAGACAAUACAGCCAUACCAGCACACCGCCACGCAUGCUUCACCCUGCGGCCCACCUGCCCCAGCAGAGCCCCAUCAUGGUGGAUCUACACGAACAGAUGCACCAGGGGUCCGUUCCAAUAUCAUACACUGUUACCACGGUGACGACUCACGGCUUCCCCAUCCACGCCGGGCAGCCCCUUCCCGGGUGCAGCACUCAGCAGCUGCCAGCAUGCUCGGUAAUGUUCAGCGGACAGCUCUCUCUGCUCUGCUGCCUUCCUCCUCCUCUCAUUCAGGCAUGCACCAUGCAGCACAUGCCAGUGUCUUAUCAAGCCUUUCCGCCCCUGAUCUCCAGCGAACAUUUUGUAUUGCACCCGACGCCCUCUGUCCCACCCCACCAGCCACCGCACCUUACUCCUCUGAGCCAGUUUGUCCCUUUACAGCCUCAGCACCCACGCAUGCCUCUGCAAAGGGUGGACAACGAAGUGGACCUAAGAGGGGACCAGCACCCACUAGGGACCUUCUCGUACCCUCCGUCUCACCACCCACCAGCGCUGCCUCCGUCUCUGCCCCUACAGUAUCUUCCUCAAGAGCCUCUGCAUCAGGAGCUUCCCUUUGGAGUGCCAUACCCCCACAUGUUGCCGCGGCGACAGCGAUACCGGCCACAGCAGCCGUUGCCCCCUCCGCCUCCUCCUCCAUCCUACUACCCAGGCUUCCUUCCCUACUUCCUGUCAAUGCUUCCUGUGCCUCCGACGGCAGUGGGCCCAGCCAUAAGCCUAGACCUGGAUGUGGAUGAUGUGGAAAUGGAGAACUAUGAGGCACUGUUGAAUCUGGCAGAGAGGCUGGGAGAGGCCAAACCUCGCGGCCUGACUAAAGCAGAUAUAGAGCAGCUUCCAUCAUACAGAUUCAGCUCAGAGAAUCAUCUUUCUGAACAAACGCUGUGUGUUGUGUGCUUUAGUGACUUUGAGUGUAGGCAGCUACUUCGGGUAUUACCUUGUAACCACGAGUUCCACGCUAAGUGUGUGGAUAAAUGGUUAAAGACCAAUCGCACUUGUCCCAUUUGCCGAGCAGAUGCCUCGGAUGUGCACCGGGAGGCGGAGUGAGUGCCCUCUGCUGGACUGUGCUUCUAUCUGUCCUGAGGCUGGGACUCUGCGCCUGAACUUGCGCCUCCAGUGUUUAGCUUACCGACCCACUCCUGUCCUUUCUCUAUGAAAAGCAAUCCAGGAUAUCUGGAGCCUGUUGUACCUCUGCUGUGCGUCAUUCUCAGAGUCUCAUGAAACCCACUGCCUAUUGCAGCCUAUAGCCACAGUUGUGGAUUGCCAGCCACUUCUGUUUCUGCCCCCUUUGUCACAGAUUCCAAAGAUUUCCCUACAAUGCAUUCUUCGCUGCUUUUGUUUACAGGGUUUCAGUUUGAUGUGGAUCUGAUUGUGGUCACAAGAACAGUGUUGGACUGGUCGGGAGCCUGGGGUGAGACGGCUGGACACUUUGUGCAAUGAGCAGAAAUGGAAUAGGCAUUCUUCACAGCAUGGGUAUCUGUGUUUGGGGGCACCGCCUGACCAUCAUAGAUGCAUGUUUGCGUAAGUGUUGGGCUAAGUGACUUGUUAAUAAUGUAUGUUCUGCAAUAAUGUAUUGAUCAUUUCAACAGUUUUACCCCUUCUGUUAGAUCUGCCAAUGCUAUUGUGAAUGUGUGACUUGCUGUGGUUUAAAGCAGAUGCAAGCGCCAGGUCGGACUGCAAAGGGACGGCCGUGUAAUUGUGUGGGUACUGUUGUGCCCAGAUAAUCUGCUCUGAAAAAAAAAAGGAUUACGAGACUGCGUCUUUUUGAGGUUAUUGGACAAAACUGCACAAGUGCUACAUCCAUCCUUCACAUCGGCCAUUUUCCUCUGGCACCAUGCGCGUGUGCAUACUGUUUGUCCUGCUCACAGAGCCAAUGCAUUGUGUAACCACUGGAUACAGGGCAGCAUGCUAGAGUUUGCAUGAACUGUUGAUUCAGAUUAGCAAUAUUUUAAUCAAGCAUUGCCACCAAAAUCCUAAUCUUAAAUGUAAGAAAAAGAAGUAACAAAGAAGCAUAUUAAAAAGAACUGCUUGCUUGUUGAGAAGGUGCUGUGAGGGAAGCUAACAUGUGGUUCACUGUGACUGUGUUUAAAGGACAGUGGACGUCAGACGCCGCACUUGUGCCGCUCUUAAACAAAGGCCUGUGCAGAAAGCAAUAUGUGCCGCCAGGGAGAGUUUUACAAACAUUCUUCCGCUUUAGGAACACUGGGCUUUUCAGUUCUGUUUGUGAGCCAAAUCCAUUCUACAGAUAUAGCCUGCUGUUCAACAUUACAGAUCUGCCUUCAAAUGACCUUGACAAGCACAAACCUAUUGUUAACCCUGAAAAAUGUUGAUUUCUCUUGCGUUGGGAGUAUGCAGUUUAAAAAAAAAAAAAAAAAAAAGUUUAUUUAUUGAUUUUAUCUUGUAGAGAAAAUCCAUUGAAGGAAACAGAUGGAGCACUAACUAUGUUUGUGUCUGGUAUGUUAUAUUCUGGUGACUUGGUCAGGUCAUUGUCUUAGGCCAUGGUAAUGCUUUUGUAAACGAGCAAUUGUAUGUAGUGUCAGCGUGAAUGCUUUAGAUAAACGUUUGAAGACACAAGAAUGUCCGUGUAGAAGUCACUGGUGUUGCUCGCUGUCCCUGUGAUCUGGUGGGGUCAAAGGUCAGCGGAGUGUCCAGUAGUGAAGGAACACUGUUAGACUUCUAGAUCACAAAAAAACAGGAAGUGGGGAGGGAAGAGCCACAGAUGAAUUUAUUGCUUUGUAUUAACUCUUGUCUCUUAACUGCCCCGUAAGCACUAACAGGCCUCGGACCCUCACUGUUGUGAGGAGUCUUGCCUUUUUCUUGACUUUUUUUCUUAAGUGAAUGUGAGUCUUGUGUGUGUGCCACCUUCAAGAGAAAAAAGAAGCCAUUUAAUAAGUUUAACCCACAGCUUUGAGAAUAACCUAUGUGUACAUAUCUAUUCGCUGGCAUAUAUUGUAAGUUUAAAAAAAUACUCAGGGCCUCUCGGUAUAUAAAACAAAGGAUAAGAGUCCAUUUCCAAUGGAUUGGAUGCCAUGAAAAGGGUAUAUCUGAGUUUAGUUUUGGUCGUUUUCUUCAGACCAUAAAUCUUUUAAUGUAAUCAAUUAUAAUAUUCUGUUUUGUCUGAAAUAGUAAAGAAGACAUUGUUUAAGACAGGCAUGCAAGAAAAAAUACAGAAAAUAUAUUAAUAUUCACUGAAAAGAGGCACUGCUAUUCAUAACAAGUGUAUUAUUCAAUAUUUUGGACUUUUGUUCUUGUACUCGAACCAUAUGUUGAAGCAUAGCAGUUGUGAUCCCGUUUCUAAACGUGCCACAGUGCGUACUAUCUACCUAUUUUACUCCCAGAUCUACUCCGAGGUGUUUGCAUGAUUUAAAAAAGAUUACAAGUGUGUUAUGGUGGAGGACUUCUCAAUCUCUGGUGGGGACCUAUUUAAUGGUGCACAAUAUGCAUGCGUGUCAACCAGAUCCCAACUGAUUUUAGCUCUAGUUGGCUUUGGGUUCUGGGGUUUGGAUCUUAACGCUCAGCUGAUAACUGCCAUGCAUUGUACUGCACACAUUUUUAAUAGAACUGAAUGACUACAAGAUUUUAUUGCGCUAACUUCAUUUUAUAAGAAAAAAAAAAUGCUGGUCUUGAAUCCAGAUCUUCUUACAUUGUGUUCCUGUUAAUGCCCUGAUGACUGAAAACACGCUCUGAAACUACUGUAGUUUAUCAAAAGCCAUAGUGACAAGGUGCUAGGUGUUCUGCUUUUAGGUAUGAAAUCUCACUUUGCGUGAAUGCAAUAGUUUGUCAUGGAUCCCAUGUAUUCUUGAAGCAUGUUAUACUAAUAUCCCGAAACACUGUCAGUGCAGAUCAGUAGAGUUAAGGAUUAAAAAAUGAACCUAAGUGUUGUCAUACUUUUUCAGUGUAGUACUGUACCUGCCUCUACCAGGCUCUUGCUCUCAGUGUAUCAAUAUUUAAAAUGUAUUGUUCACAUAUAGAUAACCUUAAUUCAUGUUAAUGUUAGCACUGUUAUGUUUAAAGUAUUUAAUUGACAAUAUCCAACAACCUGGCUAAAUGAAAGCAUAACCCGUUUAAACUUAGGUGACAACUGAGAAUAGAGUCUUGUAGUCUUUCUGUUAAGGGUUACUGAAUAAUCUCACAGCUUGUGUGGUGCAAAAAUGUGUUCCAAUAAGCAGCUAAAAUUUAUUUAGGAUUUGUGAUUGAUUGCUCUGUAGAUGCCAUUUAUUGUUUACCAAUGAGUUUUGCUGUGGUGGGAUAGUGGUUUACUGUUCUUACUCUCCCUGGCCUCUCGGGGGCCUCGCCUGACCACCAGACUACCCACCGCCAACAGAGCCAGGGCAUGUGUUGUGUGUAGGCAGAUGUUUUGCUUUGGUACUUGCACAUUUACAGUUACCUCAUUUUUUCCAUGUUUGUAUUGGGCGGAUAGAGGGAGAAAACGACUAAUAUAUAUUAUAUAUAGGAAAUGGUUCUUAUUAAUGUUUUAAUUUUUCAUUCCAUUGGAAGCAUAUUGUUUGUAGCAUUUAACAUAACUAGUUAGUGUAAUAUAUACAUCUGUAUACUGUUUGAAAUUUUUAAGAUUUGUACUUUUUUUAAAUGAAAGUUGCUAGUUAUGCUUUACCAAGUAGUGCAAUCAUAUUUUUUUUAAUUGUUGUGGCUGAUUUGAGAGGGUUGUUCACUAAUAAAUGUAUGAUGUAUA